AUGUAUAGUUACAACACCAACAAUAACAAUUACAAUUACUACCACACCUCUUAUUGGGAUUACUUCUCAAUCCCUCUCCCACUAUGCUCCUUCAUUCUCAUCCUUUUCUUCAUGCUAGGGUUUUCAUGGUACAUAAACUAUGAGAACAAGUUUGAGGACUUGAUCUUUCAAGUCAAGCUCUUCUUGAUGCUUGUUCCUCUUCUUCUUCUCCUCACCGUUCAUUGCCUCUCGAGCGGCGGCCUCCCCUUCCUCAUACCGUUCCCCGAGCAAGACUCGCUUCAUAGGGCCGGUGGAUCGCCGUGGGGAGUUGGGAUUUUGCUUGUGUUUCUCUUGCUCAUGAUCUCAUACCAAUCUUCUUUCCAUGAACGUUGGUUUCCAUUGAUAAGUAGAUGA